AACGCUACUACGCGUGUGAUCAUGGAAAAUCAACAGCAGCAACCAUCAACACGGUCGGCGUACGACAUGGAAACCCAGGAAUCCAGAUUUGCCAAACAGAGAUCGUCAGUCAGAUGGCUGCUCUCGAAAGCGUACAACAAUCGUGUGCCAGAGAUACUGAAGGAUCCGUUCUACCGCGACCACGAGGGUCAGGAUCACCUGAAGCCGCAGAUCGUGGUCGGGCUCGGCAAUGCGUCGAUCUACUGUCAGGUGUUGAGUAACAUCUACUCCGAUCCGAACUACCAGAGCCUGAACCACUGGUCGAUUCUGCAAACGCUGUCCCGGAAGGGUGUCCCACUGAACGAGUCGUCCGAUCAGCCCCUCACCGAGACGGUACUCAUACAGACGAAUCCUCUUAGAAUUAAUGCACAUAUGACUGUGAUAGAAGCGCUGAUGGUGUUAUACGCUAAAGAGGUGGCUUCCAGUGGAAGAAUUUCCAGUGCUUUAGAGAGAAUAUCUGGCCGUAGUGUAGCGCCAACGGUUCAGCAUCAUGAAGCUGCCUUACUGAGUUGGAUUUCGCACGUUUGCGGUGCGCUGAAGAAGCGCAUCGACUACGAACUGACGACAAACGGUGGCAGCGGAACUGUGGACGAAUACGGUCAACGGCACCAAAGCCCGGACGUUCCACCUGUGCGCGACUUUCGUGAACUGUGCGACGGUGUUUGUCUGGCUUAUCUAAUCUCGUAUUACUGUCCCAAACUAGUUCCUUGGCAUAGCGUUAAAUUCAACCACGUACCGACUAUUGAGGAUUCCAUUCACAAUAUUCUGAUAGUUAGUAACUUUUCCGAGCGAAGUUUGCCAUACACCGUGUUUCACAUGUCUCCAGAAGACAUAACCUACAUGCGAGGAUCAAUGAAACAGAAUCUGGUAGUGCUGUUGGCGGACUUGUUCAACCUUUUCGAAAUCCAUCCGGCCAAAUGUGUCUGCUACCCGGGCAUGGAGCAGCAAUCACCAGACACAGCUGGAGCCGGCGCAACUAACGAACACGGCAUUGCCCACCGGCGAGGUUUCGCGAAUCAACCGACGAUCGCGGCCAUUCCCGAUUUGCGUCCCGGGCUCGAUUCGCCACCGAGCAGCAGUGCAGCGAGCAGCGGCAACAGCAGUGCCGGCGGUGGCAACGGUGGCGGUUUUGGCUGCAGCAGUACCGGUGGCGGCGGCGGCAAUGGUGCCAUUAAUCGGCCGCCGUUUCAAGUCAAUCGGUCACCAUCGGCCAGUACACUCAGGAAGCAUAUUUCAACCCGGGAAAUACCGGAACAGCACCAACCACAUCAGCUGUACCAACAGCAGCAAUCACCGUAUCAGCAGCCGGAUCCAGACGAAGGAUUCGUUGUGCAUCGAAGUAAAGGAGUGCCAACAUUAUCAUCAUUGCAGGAACCACUGGUACCGGCCAGAAUUAGACAAGCCAAGGAAAAGACGAACAAUGACUCGAAGGCAGAAGAACGAGGUGAUAGCAUCCCGGCAGGGCGGCCGAGCAAUUGGGAAGAGUCGCGCAAAACCAGCUUCUCAGGACGACGCUCGCGGCGCAAUUCCUUCAGCGAUGAUUCUCAACUCACAAUCGAAAACUUUGGUGGAUCACAGGAUCAGCUUAACACCGUUGGGCGCUUCGAGCGAGAGCGCAAAAUCUCCAACACCAGCCUGACGUCCAUAGAGCCGGUCGUACCGGCCCGAUCUUCGCUGGCGGAUGCGCGCGGAUCGAUCCAGUUCGGGUACGAUACGGAUUCGGGCAACGAGAAACAGGACCGUGACACUGAAAAGUUGCCCGGAAGUAGCAGUGGCACGCUGCGGCGUCACAACAGUACCACGUUACAUUCCAACAGUAGCCCAAUGAGCCAUUCCGGUGAUGGUAGCAAUACGGGCCGUGGUGGCAGUAGCUCCGUCGAGCGCGACCUUGUUGAUGGAGACGGAACACCUACCAUAGUGGGUAGCAGCGGAACGGGACUGACUGUUGCUGCCAGUGCUGUAGCUGCUGCCGAAGUUGAGCUAACACCGCGCCGAAAGACAUCGUUUGCCACUUUGCCGAACACCACUACCUGGCAACAGCAAGCCAUAAGCGUACAGAAAAUGGAUGAUGUUGACGACUCACAACCGUUGGAAGAUGCAACAAAGAUCUCGACGAUCAAGCUAAAGCUGGAAGAGAAGCGACGUCUGAUCGAGCAGGAAAAGCGUCGCAUUGAGACGGCCUGGACGAAGCAGUUACAAACGGUUGGCAAACAGGCUUUUUUACAAGCAAUUAGCAAGAGCAAAAGUGGCAGCAAUGUCGCGGGCGAGCCGGAAUCCACCUCGAAAGAAUCGAACGACGGGGCCACGGUAGUAGACGAUGAGAUUGUAGUUGAAAAGGCGGAACGACCAUGUUCCCUCAAGGAUUUGGAUGACCACAGCAAGUAUGAGCAGAAGUGGAAUGCACAAAUAAUCGAACCGAAGAAGACUCCCGAUCUGGAGAACAUGGACCUGGAACAGUAUCAACAAAGCAUUUCGAAAAUGAACUCCAACUUGCACGAUAUUCAGGCGGACAUACAGCGGCUCACGCAGCAGCAGAAUCAAAUUCAAGCCCAAACGCUGCAGGCACAGCAGCUACUGCAUGCGCAGCAGAUAGCCAAUCUGCUCAAUCAGCAAUAUGGAUCGCAGCAAAGCAUCCCAGCUAACACGUAUCGUCAGAUGAAUACUCAAAUGUUCGGCUCUAGUCCUCACCUGCCCCAGCAGCAGUCAUCGCCGAUCAAUUACGGAAUGCGUCCACCCAGCCGCGAUCCGUACCAACCGCAGCACCAACAACAACAGCAGCAACACACGAUGCAGUACAUCAAUGAGCAGGGUCAGUACGUGCAGCAACAGGUGAACUAUGGUCACCAUCCAAACAACAACAGCCAUCUAGUGUACAGUCGCGAACAGAGCCAAACGCAACUGAUCAGUGAUCACAACGGUGGAAAUCCGUACCGAACAAUGAGCAAGGAAAACCACCAAUACUCCUCGAACCCGUACUUGAACAUGGAUCACCAUCAGCAACAGCAGCAGCAACAACAGCAACAAUUCUAUCAUCAAGACUCGAAUCACUAUCGGGAUCCAUACCAGCAGCAUCAGCAGGAGAUGAAGGACCCACAACCCCCACAACCACACGGAGGACAAUUUUUCCUGCACGAAAACAACUCCACUCCACCACAACCGACCCAGCGCCGCACGUGGGCACAAUCGGCCGCUGCGUCCGUUGCACCGCUCGGUGGAUCGCCAAUCAUUUCCGGGCGCAACGAUAACAUCAACAACAGUAUGGUCGAUGUGAACGCUUGGAACCAUGGACCGAAGGCGAACACGAUCGGUGGUUACAAUAAAUCACCCGCACCGAGUAGCGGUUUUUCGCUCCAUCAUAACGGUGGCGACGGUGACAGUGGUUACGGUGGUGGUAGUGGUCGGGGUGGAAGCGGUGGCAGUGGCGGUAGUCAACAGUCAUUCCAAAAUCUGUUCGAGGUGCAUCAUCAUCCGCACCAUAAUCUUGGUGGCGGUCCGACGGCGGCCAGCCCGCAACACAGCAAGGUGCGCAAUCAAAUCUCGCAGAUGAUGAUAAGCAACGGUAACAGUCCAUCGACGACGGGUGGUCCAAUGAUGGGUGGGGGUGGAGAUUAUCGUGACAAUCGCAGCAUGCCACUGUCACCACCGAUCGAUGAUAUGGCACCGCAGAGCAUCUCCUUUAUUGGCGAUGAGGACACGGGUGACAUUGAGAUUAACACAUCGAAGGGUGGCGGACGUAAUGAUAGCUUUGGUAUGCGGCAGCAACAGCAACAGCAACAGCUGGACGCACUGUACGGUAGUAGCAAAGGGCCGGCAGGAAUGCGGAACAAUGCCGGCGGCAAUGUGCAGGAUCUGGACAAGCAUCUGAGCAAGUUGAACAUAACAAGCGGCAACCGUACUUACAGAAUACCGUCACCGACGAGGCCAAGUCUCAACUCCAACAGUUUCCAUGACCCGCAGGAAGAUGUAAACGAAAAAGGAUUCUACAUCUCGUUCGACAACGAACAGCCGAAAAGGCCAAAGCCACCGUUACGGACAAAGCGCUCACCAAAGAAAGACAAAUCUCUUGCCAGUGAUUCAAACGAGGGCGAGAAACGUCGGGACAGCAUCAUCGAAAAGACUUCGUCACGAGUAGAAACCAAUGCCAACAACUUUGGAACGUACAGUGUCAAGACGGCGAGCAGUUUCUCGAGCAGUUUCAACGAGGAACACAACGCGUCGCAUGCGCGGAAGAGCAUCAUCGCCGAUAAUAGUGGCGUGUCGCCGUUCGAGCCGGUGGUGCACAAGGUGAAUGUUGGUGGCAGUGGGGCCGCCCCACCAUCCCCGAUGAUGAUGAUGCACCAGCAGCAGAUGAACAUGGACCAUGUGGGUGACCGGCGGUACGCGAUGGAGGACAACUCGAUUAGCGGCAACGGACACUACAGCAGUCACAACAACAGCAGCGAUGGAUACGGCAGCGAGACGGAACGAAAGGCGAAGAUCGUCAUCGAUGUGUCCAAUGAUCAGACUUCCGUCGAUGAGAUGGAGCGGAAAAAGGAGAAAAUUAUGCUACUAUCACUACAACGGCGGCAGCAAGCCGAGGAAGCAAAAGCCCGCAAAGAAAUCGAAGCGAUGCAGCGUCGCGAGAAGGAGCGCGAAAAGGAGGAGGAACGGGCCCGCAAAAAGGAGGAACAGUUUGCCCGCCGUCAGGCGAUACUUGAAGCACACAAACUCAAGAAAGCCAUCGAGGAAGCGGAGAGAGAAGGAAAGACAAUCGAUCGUGAGCUGCAGCUGAAGCAUCAGAUGUACCAGCAGCAGCUCCAUCAAACGGCCCACUCGACCACACCGACACCCGCAGCCAAGCUGCGCACGCAGAAGCUGACCCGUCCCCGACCGAAAACGAUUCACGUCGAGUCCGGCUCGGUGGAUCUGAGCGAAGCGUCCAGCUUGAGCAGUCGGGGCAAAAAGGGUUCCAACUCGAAUUUGACCGGUCUCGGUAUGCAUAGUGCCUCGAACACGAUACGUCGAGACUACUACCGGGGAUCGCAGGAUUCACUAGCAAUCAGAGAAUCACCGGACGAGUAUCCCAGCAGUAGUUCAACGCCGAUCGGACGCCGUGGAUCUUACAAAACAGGAAGAGAACCAGCCACGAUCGAACGGGGCCGCACACUGUCCCGUAUCUCGCUAGCGAAAGGUGCCAAUUUCCGGGGACGUAAAUCAAACUCCCUAAUGAAUCUAUGCGACUCCGACUCCGGAUUGGGCCGGGCGACACCACCGAGACGGGCACCGUCACCAGGCAUGGGUCCGUCCAGCCGCCAUCUGCCUUCGCCGUCCGGUCCGGGCUCGCUACCGCCCGGGUUGAUCACGAAGCGGCGCGGCUUCGACGAUGGUUCCAGCGACAUCUCGUCCAACGCGAGCUCCAUGAUGGAUUACAACGGACCGAGAUUGUACAAGCAACCGGCAACGAAAUCGAACCGUGGUAUCAUCCUGAAUGCCGUCGAAUACUGUGUCUUCCCGGGUGCGGUAAACCGCGACGCCAAGCAAAAGGUUCUGGAAAAGAUUGCCCGCUCGGAGGCGAAGCACUUCCUGGUGCUGUUCCGCGAUGCCGGCUGCCAGUUCCGCGCCCUGUACGGCUACUGGCCGGAGAAUGAGCAAAUCAUUAAGCUGUACGGUACUGGGCCGAGCCAGGUCGAUGAUGUGAUGUUCGACAAGUUCUUCAAAUACAACUCGGGCGGUAAAUGCUUCACCCAAGUGCACACCAAACACCUCACCGUGACGAUUGACGCGUUCACGAUACACAACUCGCUGUGGCAGGGCAAGAAGGCGAAUCUGCCGAGCAAAAAGGAUAUGGCACUGGUAAUUUGAGGCCCGCGCAAUGUCCGCAGCCCUUUGCCCGCUACUCGUCCUUCGCCUCCACUCUCUUCCACCCUUACCAGUAUCAUGCGUCACUAGCCCACCUGGCCACGGACAGUGGGG